AAGAGCCACUCGCUCGCUGUCCGGGCUCGGGAGCCUCGCCAGGUCUUCCGAAGUGCGCAAAGGUGUGCAGAGGAGAGACUUUGUGCUGCCUGCAGGUGCCUGGGAGCCGCUUGGAGACAAGGACUUGGCGCCCGGCGUCUUCCUUUCACAACAAUCCUCUCUCUCUCUCAGCCGCAGCAGCUUCUUCUCCUUCUCCUCCUUCUCAGCGUCCUUCCCUCUGCAAUAACCUGGGCGCGAACUGCUGAGGGGGCGGGGGGGCGGCGGAAACCAAAACAAAAAAAAGACCCUGCAAGGCAAGAGAGCGAAGUCAACCAGUGGAGGCUCGAAGCCCCAAAACGGACUAGGCGCGAGGAGAGUUUGUCGUUGCGCCGAGACUGUGAGGGGAGAACCGAGGCGAAAGGACGCCAGGAACCGGAGUCCCCACCCGCUCUCCUCGCCUGCCCUCGUCCUCAGCCGCCCGCCGCGCACGGAACAGAAGAGUUGCGCUCGCUGACGGCGGCGAUGGCAGCGAGGCGUCGCGGCGGCGCCCUGUUGAGCGGAGCGCACCGGGCGCCCUGAAGAGUGGAGCUUGGCGCUGCCCAAUCCGCGCUCUGCGGGGGGUCCGGCGGCGGCCCCUCCCCCCGCCCCCUUUUCCCGCCUUCCUCCCACAUGGGGCGCCAGGAGGAGGCUUCCCCCGGCCGCCGGGGCGGCUCUUAGGGAGUGCGAUGGGGCUCCUCGCAAAGUGACACCCGCAGCGGCUGCGGCAACAGCGAGCGAGAAAAGGAGGAGGAGGAAGAAGAAGAGAGAGAGAGAGCAGGCGGGGUGGGGAAAGAGAAAUAUCAGGAGGGCAGGCAGGCAGGCAAGCAAGCAAGCAGGCAGGCGAGCUUUUUUCCCCUUCCCGAGGUGGUUCUCAAUCUUUUUUCCCGCCUUCGCUGCUCUCCUCGGGAGUUUCUCCCAUGCCUUCCCGGCCCCGGCGGGGGGCGGCGGCGGCGGCAGCCCCGGCGCAGGAGGAGCCGUCUUUGUGGUUCCUCUGAUGUCCCUGGCUGAGAAGCGGGAGCCGAGCUUCUCCUUGACGCCCAUGAUGAUCGAGGAGGACGCGGCGCUGAGGAACGGCAGCAGGGGGCUCUCGGGCCAGUGGGCGGACGCGGCGACCGUGCGGCCGCGCACCACGGAGCGGCACAUCACGGUGCACAAGCGCCUCGUGCUGGGCUUCGCCAUCUCCAUCCUGGCCCUGCUCGUGGUCACCAUGAUCGCUGUGCUGCUCAGCGUGCGCAUCGAGGAGUGCAGCAGCAGCAGCGGGGACGCGGACGGCCCAGCAGGCAGGGCGGGAAACCGGAGCGUCCCGGUAGGAGCAGCGGCAGCUGCCGCCGCCGCCGCCUCUGCAGGAAGUGCCCGCCGGAACCAUCCCAGCGCCGGGGAGCCCCCUGGCCGCGGAGGAGUGGAAUCGGAGGCGCCUGGAGGGGAAGAGGCGGAGGAGGAGGAGUGGCAGAGGCGUCGGGAGCAGCCGCCCUGGACGCAGCUGCGCCUGCCCGGGCACUUGCGCCCCCUGCACUACAACCUGAUGCUGAGCGUCUUCAUGGAGAACUUCACCUUCAGCGGCGAGGUCAACGUGCAGGUGGAGUGCCUCAACGCCACGCGCUACAUCGUGCUGCACGCGCACCGCAUGCACGUCGAGGCGGCCCGCGUGGCCGAGGACCGGCUGGCCGGAGCCUUGCGCGUCUCCAGCUUCUUCCUCUACCCGCAGACGCAGGUCUUCGUGGUCGUCCUCAACCGGAGCCUGGAGGUGCACAGAAGUUACAACCUCAAGAUCAUCUACAGCGCGCCCAUCGAGAACGAGCUGCUGGGCUUCUUCCGGAGCUCGUAUGUGCUCUACGGCGAGAGAAGGUUUCUUGCAGUUACACAGUUUUCUCCUACCCAUGCCAGAAAAGCCUUUCCUUGCUUUGAUGAGCCUAUCUACAAGGCCACGUUCAAAAUCAGCAUCAAACAUCAAGCAACCUAUUUAUCUUUGUCCAAUAUGCCUGUGGAAACUUCUGUUUUUGAAGAAGAUGGAUGGGUUACGGAUCACUUUUCACAGACUCCGCUCAUGUCCACAUAUUACCUAGCCUGGGCUGUUUGCAACUUUACCUACCGUGAGACUACCACAAAGAAUGGAGUUUUGAUCCGAUUAUAUGCAAGACCUGAUGCCAUCAGAAGAGGAUCUGGGGAUUAUGCUCUAAACAUUACUCGGAGACUAGUUGAGUUUUAUGAAGACUACUUCAAAGUGCCCUAUUCCCUGCCAAAAUUAGAUUUAUUAGCUGUGCCUAAGCAUCCGUAUGCUGCUAUGGAAAACUGGGGACUAAGUGUUUUUGUGGAGCAGAGGAUACUUCUGGAUCCAAGCAUUUCUUCCAUAUCAUACUUACUUGAUGUCACUAUGGUCAUUGUGCAUGAGCUAUGCCAUCAGUGGUUUGGUGACCUUGUGACCCCAGUAUGGUGGGAAGAUGUGUGGCUAAAAGAAGGCUUUGCUCACUAUUUUGAAUUUGUUGGAACUGACUACCUGUAUCCAGGUUGGAAUCUGGAGAAGCAGAGGUUCCUGACAGAUGUUUUACAUGAAGUAAUGCUGCUUGAUGGCCUGGCUAGUUCACAUCCCAUUUCACAGGAAGUGCAGCAAGCCACAGACAUUGACAGAGUGUUCGACUGGAUCGCAUAUAAAAAGGGCGCAGCUUUAAUUCGAAUGCUGGCUAAUUUUAUGGGUCACUCAGUGUUUCAGAUGGGCCUACAAGAUUAUCUGACCAUUCACAAGUAUGGUAAUGCUGCGAGAAAGGACCUAUGGAACACGCUGUCAGAGGCACUUAAGAAGGUUGGGAAAUUUGUGAAUAUCCAAGAAGUAAUGGAUCAGUGGACACUGCAGAUGGGUUAUCCUGUUAUCACCAUCAUGGGAAAUGAAACUGCAGAAAAUAUUGUAGGAAUCUCCCAAGAACACUUUCUUUAUGACCUUGAUGUUAAAAGCAAAGAUCGUGGCCUUGGAAACAACAGCUACUUGUGGCAGAUCCCAUUAACAAUUGCAGUAGGAAAUACGAGCCACAUCUCAUCAGAGGCAAUUAUAUGGGUGUCUAACAAAUCAGAGCAUCACAGGAUUGCCACACUUAAUGAGGGGAACUGGCUGCUGGGGAACAUCAAUCAAACUGGCUAUUUUAGGGUUAACUAUGACAUUAGAAAUUGGAGGUUAUUAAUUGACCAAAUGAUGAGGAACCAUAAGGUAAUCUCUGUCAGUAAUCGUGCGGGAUUGAUCGAUGAUGCAUUCAAUUUAGCCAGAGCUGGCUAUUUGCCGCAGAACAUUCCACUGGAGAUUAUCAGAUACCUGUCCAAGGAAAAGGAAUUUCUGCCUUGGCAUGCUGCCAGCCGAGCCCUUUAUCCACUAGAUAAAUUGUUGGACCGCACAGAAAACUACAACAUCUUCAAUGAAUAUAUAUUAAGACAAGUUGCUUCAAUGUAUCUUAAGCUUGGAUGGCCAACAAAUAAUUUGGACAAAUCAUUUGUUCAAGCUUCCUACCAACAUGAGGAGUUACGCCGUGAAGUCAUCAUGCUGGCUUGCAGCUUUGGUAACAAGCACUGCCACCAGCAGGCUGCAACCCUGAUAUCAGACUGGAUUUCCAGCAACAGAAACAGAAUACCUCUUAAUGUAAGAGACAUCGUCUACUGCACAGGAGUUUCACUGAUGGAUGAAGAUGUGUGGGAAUUCAUCUGGAUGAAAUUCCACUCUACUACAGCGGUAUCGGAGAAGAAAAUAUUGUUAGAAGCUUUAACUUGUAGUGAUGACAGAAACUUGUUAAACAGGCUUCUUAACCUGUCUCUCAAUUCUGAAGUUGUCCUGGAUCAGGAUGCAAUUGAUGUCAUAAUCCAUGUAGCUAGAAAUCCACAUGGAAGAGAUCUUGCUUGGAAGUUUUUUAGAGAAAAAUGGAAAAUAUUGAAUGCAAGAUAUGGGGAAGCAUUAUUUAUGAAUUCAAAACUUAUCAGUGGAGUCACAGAAUUUCUUAACACAGAGAGUGAACUAAAUGAGCUAAAGAACUUUAUAAAGACCUACGAGGAGGGAUCUGCUGCUGCUUUCUCACGAGCUGUGGAAACAGUGGAAGCCAAUGUCCGGUGGCAAAUGCUUUAUAAAGAAGAAUUGUUUCAGUGGCUGAGAAAAUCACUGGCACACUAAUCAGUGUUUCUGACCAAAACUUAGCACCAAAUUGUGCAGCCAGGAGGAGAAGCACAGUGUGACAUUCCAAGAACUUUUGACUGGAAGCACAAUGAAGACUGGUUAAAAUGGAAAGAAUAUAUAGAUAUAUUAUAUUUUUGCACCAAUCUCCUCAAAACUAAAAGGCAAGGGGAAAAAGAACUCUGACAGAGAGAAAAGGUCAUGAAUGCUUACAAAACCAAGUUCCCACUGUACCAUGGCCAAAUGUGAUAUUAAGUGGUGCAUGUAAAUGUUAAUGUCAGUUUUUUGGGGGGAAGCCCUCAGAAUAUUUGUGCAUGGUUGUAUGGUUCCUGCCUGUAUUCUAGCAUGCUUACUUAAGGUGUCCAUGUUUGUGUGUGAAUUUCUGUUACAUCGAAGAUGGGCAUUAUGCAAAAGCACAAAGACUAUGACAAUCAGUGUUAUAACAGCAACAUAAGGUGGAAAGACGAACGUAAACGAUCUAUAUGUUCAGCAUGUGACUAACUGUCACCUUUCCAUGUAGGUCAGUUAUGUCAGCACUUAGAUUGUCUCAGUUACAAUUUGGACAUUCACUCUCUUUUUGAGUUGCAAAUGAUUAUACAAAUUAAAUGCUCCCCUAUUUUAAGUCAAUGAUACAGACAAGUUUAGAGAGAUUUUAUUCUCACAAUAUGUUAUAAUUCCAAAAUGUAUUUACUUGUGAACAGCUAACAACUAAUUUAGCCCUCUGAUCACCAUACGUUUAAAUGGUUUAUGAAAUGAGUUUCACAUAUGUUCUUGGACAAAAUCCAUAAAUCACCCUUAUGUGUGGAUUUUAGUGUGCAAAAAAUACUCAUUAGGUGUGAUGCAGAAAGUAUGGUAAUUAAUUACACAGCUACCGAUGCUUGGUAUCAUGAAAAAUAUCAAAUCAACAGAGAAAAGUAAAACAGAAUCUGUAGAGAAACAAGAAAACUUUCCUAAAUAAUGAUCCAGUUGUAAUGAUCCAGUCCCCCCCCAUUGUCUUUUCAGCAUAAGAGUGUUAUUUAUUCACACAAGCAUCCCAUGGAAAUCAAUCAAGAUGGCAUUUGCAGCAAAUUUUAAUACCGUGGUAGCCUAUGUUUAAAAGUAGUCUCUUGUAUCUGUUCUACUUUUCAUGUGAGGUAUCUUCUAGAGCUUUUCAACAGCUAGAUUCUAAACAUAGUUACCACAGAAUAACCCCCACUGAAUAUUGUGGCACUGCACACUUUUUCUUCAAAUACCUGUUAAAUAAUGAGCUUGCAAAAACAAAAUAGUUUCUCUUCACAAUUUGUACAACCCAUUCAUCAAUCUUUGGAAUGAAUAUUCAUCCAUAUUAUCUAUUCUAUCUAGUAUAGAAAAUCUUGACCACAACCUGCCAAGUCAAUAGUCUUUUCUACUUCUCACAAUAUUUAGUUGCUUAUUUUCACUCUGUUCUCUGUCCUUCAACACAGGACUUGAAUCAUCACAGUAACCAAAGGAAAGAAAUAAUAUCACAAUACUGUAGCAGCAACUGCCAGUUUUCACUUUAUACAGUACAAGAGUCAUAAGUGGUAGCUUGGCUACAAGCCUGUCAGUAACACAACAGCAUUGCUAACUGCAGAGCACAGUCACUUAGGAUAUGUAGAAAUUUUGCCUCUUUGUUGUGACGAACACAUUUAGCCCAUCUGUGUGAGGGUGGUUGAAGUCAGCCUUACUGCAUUUCCUCUUUUUGGAUUCCUCCUUGAUGUCAUUCUUCAUCUAAAGGUCUCUCCCUGAUAGUUGAUUGGGGGAUGAUGGCCAGUCACUAGUACUAAAAUUACUCUUGGUAUCACCAUCCACAACAGCCCUAUGGAAGAAGAAUCUACCUCUUUGGGAACACUACCCUUGUAUGCCCUUCCCAUAAUUUAUAUCCAGAGAUAACCAUGUCCCAAUGGUUCUCUCUCUUCUACCAGGUUUCCUUUAUGCUACCUACUAUAUCAAUGCUCUCCUCUAAGACCAAGAACUCCACUUUGCCCGUCUUGCCUCAGAGGCUUCUAGCAUUAGCACAGAAACAUUUGUAUACAGUCUCUCUUUCCAACUGUCUCUGGCACUUGUGUUUGACCUGCAGUGCUUUGGCCUCUCUGAAUUGUUAUCCCGUGGACUUACAUUCACAAUCCCUCGUUCUAUGCACCCCCCAUUAACAUUUUCAUCCAUUUUAUCAAGUCCAGCUCUGAGGGCCUUCUGGCAGUUCCCUCACUGCAAGAAGCGAGGUUACAGGGAACCAGGCAGAGGGCCUUCUCGGUAGUGGUGCUUGUCCUAAGGAAUGCCCUCUCCUCAGAUGUCAAGGAAAUAAACAACUAUCUGAUGUUUAGAAGACAUCUGAAGGCAGCCAUGUUUAAGGAAGUUUUUAAUGUUUGAUGUUGCUUUUUUAUUAUUGGUGGUGGUGGUGUUCUGUUGGGAGCCGCCCAGAGUGGCUGGGGAAACCCAGCCAGAUGGGUGGGGCAUAAAUAAUGAAUUAUUAUUAUUAUUAUUAUUAUUAUUAUUAUUAUUAUUAUUAUAUUUUAUUUUUAACCUGGGGGAGAUUUGUUCCAAACUGGACAUUCUUAAGCUCCUGUUGUGUCUCCCUCACACACAGACACACUGCAAUCUGUUUAAAAGAUGCUUUCCCACUAUUUUGAUUUUAAGCGCCAAUGGUUUCAAAGGGGAGCCUGUUCCCCUUAAACAGAUCUAGCAUGUCCCAGAAUAUCCCCCAGUGACUAACAAAUCCAAACCUACAUCUCACAACACCAUUGUCUCAUGUAUGCAUUGACACUACAGAGCUGUGCCAAGUGAAUUCACCAAAGUAUGCUUAAAUGAACACACCACCACAACGUUGAACUUAGAUAAUAUGAGUUUGAGGGGUUUUUUCAACUGGCCUAGUGUGAAUGUAUCGCCAUAAUCCUGGCAUCAAUUUACAUAUUUGUUGGUUCAAACCAGCAAUAGACUGUGAUCCUGGGAUGACAGGCAGUAUAGAAAUUUAAUAAAUAAAAUAAAAGUAAGUAACCUUUUGAAAUGGCCUCAGCUUUCAGAACUUAGAGUUCUUUUGGCUGGUAGAUCUUUUUCCAUUUGUUUCUGGUGUGUUUAUUUUAUUUUUCUACCAGGCAAGAUACAAAUUUCAGUGAAAAGUAGCGGGGGGGGGGAAUCUGUUUUAAAUGUUACUGCAUUUUGUUGUUGUGUUUAGUUAACCAAGAUUGAGGUGGAGGUGUUGGUUAUCUAUUUACGUAACCUGAAGAACGACUUCUACUAGCACACCAUUUGGUUUUGUUCAGAGUAAAAAAAAAAACAUUCAGCCUGUGAUGUUCAGAAAUACACACUUAGCAUGUCCAUAGUUAAUUUAUAUAUACUUUCAUAGUUGCAUAUAUAUGACUCAAUAUUUUGUUUCUUUUCAUGUAGCAUUGUGACCCUGAACACUGGCAUAAUGUAGCAGCUGAGAGUGUUGUAAAUGUGGAGGCUCAUGGUUUAAAUCUCACCUCAGUGACAAACUCACAAUUGACCUAAUUUACAGGGUUGUUGUCAGGAUUUGUGAGAUAAUUUAUGUAACGCAUUGUGAGCAUACUGAAGUGAUAUAUAAAUGCUAAGUGUUACAAACACACACAAUAUUUCACUAUUAUGAUCCGUUAUAAUAUACUUUGCACCCUUCAGGAUAUUGUAUCCUUUACAGACAGUGUUGCAACUUUCACGGCUAAGAAAUUUGGAGUCAGAAGACUCAGAGUCUCCAAAAUGAAACACACAUUGCAUUCUGGACUGCAUUGAUGAUGGCAUUACUGUACACUAACAACUGUUCAUCUAUAUGUUGGCUAAAAAAGACUAACUAAAAUACAUGUAAAUAUAAUUUUGAUGUCUUGUUAUGAUAUGUGAGUAAAGCAGGCAUUUAUGUUGACAAGAAUGUCAUAGCAGAUCCUGAAUCUAAAAUUGUAUAGAAGAGGUUCAUUUCCCCCCCCCUAUUAUUACAGAAGCUGAAUAUGUAUAUGAGGCACAUUAUACUGAUAGCUGAUCUUUCAUUCUCUACUAUUCAGAUACUGUACAAGUGGCAGUGGCAAUAAAGAACUGAUAGCAAAGCACAUUUUAUCUAAGAAAUGUACAGACCCUAACAUCACCUAGCAGAAAAGUACUGUAGAUAAAUGGUAAUAACAGAAGAGGUAUAAUUCUGGUAAUUCUGUCUAGCUUUUAGAUUGCUUUUAGAAUCCCCCCAACUCUAAAAUCUUUGGGGGGGGGUUGGGGGAAAAUAUUCUUUAUAAUGUACAUAUGUAUACAUGUUAUCAGUAGUUCUGUACACAAGAUACAAUUCAGAAGAAAUAGAAGACUAAUCCAGGUACAGUUUGUGCACCUGUGCACAUUGAGUGCAUGGCUAUGUGUCCAUGAGAAUGAUCCCUAGCACAACAAAGAGGAAUCUCAUUCCCCAAUAUGGAACAAAGCACAAGUCACAGUAAAACAAAAAGUCCCCACUCUGCGUAUACACAGGUGACCUGAUUCAGACAUCCUGGUGUUCGUAGUGUGGAAGAUCCCCCAUUUUUUAAAUAAAAAAAAUGAGUUAGACCAAGAGCUCUGUGUGUGCACUGGAGCCCAUGCAGUUUCAGAUUGCAUACUAUAUAUAUUUAUGUCUCUUGGUCUUAGACUCAUUGUCUAAGCAUAAGGUGUGUUUGUUUGAUUUUUGACUCUGGAUUCUGCCUAAUAAAAGCCCUGCAGUCUUUUAUGGAUAUCAUUGAUACACUUGUAUUGCCAGUGCAUCCUUAAAGGUUCCAAUUCAGCAGAUCUGUUUGAUCACAUGCUUAAAUCCAUUCUUCUUGAGAAAAGCACAUCAAUUAUCUUCAGUCUCAAUACAGCAGAAGAUAAGCACAUAAGUAGUACCGAAACUCUGAUGGUAGCUUGAGUUUAAAUGCCAUGCUGUAUUUUUGUGCGGCUGAUUUAACCAUACAGGCCUAAAGGCAUAUCCGUUCUUCGUAUUGAAUAUAAAGAUAUAUACCGGUAGCUUAAGUCAGAAUUCUCAACGCCACAUGAUUCCAGAAAAUCUUACAUGAUUUCCAAAAAUCACAUCUAUCUUCAUUUACUUCUCUUGGGGGUAAGAAUGGAUGCAUUUGUAGAAAAUAUUACUGGAAAAUAAAAGCAUCAAGCAAUUUAAAGCAUUGACCAAAUAAAAUAUGAGUUUGUAUUACCGUUUACUGCAAGUAUUUUUGUAUGAUAUGCCUUUAAACCUAAUUCCAUACUGAACCAGUAUGUAUUCAACAUGAAAUUUUUAUUCCAUUCUAACCAAGGAUUCACUAAAUGGAUUUUUUUUCUA